AUGGCCGGGGCCGCCGAUCCGACAUAUCCCCUCUACCCCAUUGCUUGCUUCUUGGCUGCAGCAAUGCUGCUUCUCGUGCUGCUGACCAGCUUCAUCCGCCAGACCUGGAACUUGGGCGUUGCUUUCUUAUGUUUCUGGCUGUUCUUCGAGAACUUGGCCGGUGGUGUCAACGCUAUCAUCUGGUCAGAUAAUGCCGAUAUCAAGCUGUACGUGUAUUGUGACAUUGUCUCGCAUCUAGGCAUAAUCACCUCAGUCAUCAAGCCUAUGGCCACCCUUAUUAUCACUCGCCGACUGUACCUGAUCACAAGCUUGCGAUCCGUUGAGCCUCCGACAAAGGCAGCGAGACGCAGAGAUCUCGCUAUAGAGUGGGCGCUCGGUUUGGGCAUUCCUCUUCUUGUCGCAGGACCUCUCUACUACGUAGUUCAGUGGCUUCGAUUUGAAGUCGUUGAGGGGUUUGGCUGCACCGACUCCUCCGACGGCUCCAUACUGUACAUUUUGCUGAUCGUAUCGUGGACUCUGAUUCCUCCAUUUGUGUCCAUCACCUUCUACUAUCCUCAUGUCGCUCGAACCUUUUAUCGUCACAAUCGGGAGAUCAACCUCUUCCUACAGAGCAACAGCUCGGUAUCUCGAACAAACUACUUCCGCAUUCUUGCUCUUGCAAGCAUCGAUAUUCUAUUUUCCUUACCGAUAGGUAUCGCGACUAUUGUCCUGACCGUGAAAGAAUAUUUAUCCUUUGGUCCCAUCCCAUUCUACUUUGGUUGGACCUACGACCACUCGGACUGGCAGCCGGAGGGCGCUCCUUAUGCAGAUGUAGUGUCCAGCGGGCCUUUCGAUGUAGCACAGUUCUACUUCACCGAAUGGACAUCGCCUAUCCUCGCAUUUACCAUCUUCGCACUCUUCGGCGUCACAUCCGAAGCCCGCGCAUCGUACUGGCGCGUCAUCUGCACCGUCUGCGGCUGGUUCGGGUGGAAGCCGACUCUUCGCACGCGCAGAGCGCGUUCACCGCUUGGCGACAUCGAGUUUGGUCAACGCCCUGCGCAGAACUCUAUGUCACUGGGUCUUGAAUCCAACCCAAGCUACGUCAAUCACGGCGCCCGCGCGCAAGAUCGGCCUGAAGGCGGAGAAGGAGAUGUAGUGGACGAGGCAGAGAACGGCUCGGAGAAGGAUGAGAUAGAGGAAGUACGUCAGAGCACGGCCGAGGAGACGCACAUCGGAAGCCCGACUGACGCUGCAACCUCCGUGUAG